AUGUCAGUAUCGCCCUCAGGCGAGAAGAGCUUCAGGACAUCAAGACUCGAUGAACACGAGAAGACCUUGGAGCAGAGUCUCGAUAAUCUAAACAAAGCAAUUGUCUCUUUUAACCAGGAGCUAAGUGACCAUGACGGACCGGGUGGCCGCAAGGGGGCUACAAAGUGCAUCGUCGAGUUGCUGUUGCCUGGACCUCAUGACAUCGCUAAAUGGGACGACAAGCGGUAUAACGCGCUCUGUAUCGUAGUACGCGGGGUGGCCGCUGAGGUAAUUCUGCCAACGGGAAGGCUAGAGAUGGAGGCGGCCGUUGAGGCAGAGGAGGAUAUGGAGCUGGAUAUGAAGUAG